AGAAAAACAGUGAGGUUAGAUUGUCAUUAACAAAAUGAUAAAUUUAAGAAAACUACUUACAUUUUCAGCUCAAAUCUGUAAUACUACUAGAGGAAAAGCGACCAGUAGCUCAGUGGUAAACAAAUUCAAAGAAAAACUCGAUAAUGGCCCCAAUUUGGUUAAUUUCAUACAACCAGAACAAACCGAUUAUAAUCCUCAAACUGAAGAAAAUCCUCCUUAUUACAAACCCGAUGAAUUACAAGCGAAGAGGAAAGUAUAUUUCGACAUCUACGGUUGCCAAAUGAACGUAAACGACGUGGAAAUAGUAUGGUCUAUAAUGAAAAACAACAAUUUCGAUAAAACCUCCGAUCUACUAGAAGCCGAUGUUAUCUUACUAAUGACUUGCGCCAUCAGAGAAAGCGCCGAGGAAAAGAUUUGGGCCCGACUGGACUACAUCAGAGGUCUGCGAAAGCUCUCUCGGUCGACCCUAAAACUCGGCAUACUGGGCUGCAUGGCCGAGAGGUUGAAGGAGAAACUCCUCGAGAAAUCCUCGAUAGUAGACCUAGUCGCCGGACCGGACAGUUACAGGCACUUACCGAGACUGUUAGCGCUCACCAACAACAACCAGAAAUCUGUAAACGUUCUACUAUCGCUCGAAGAAACCUACGCCGACAUCACGCCUGUUAGAUUAAACGAGAACUCUGUCACAGCCUUCGUGUCUAUAAUGAGAGGCUGCGAUAACAUGUGCACCUACUGCAUAGUACCGUUCACCAGAGGCAGGGAGCGCUCGCGACCGGUGUCUUCGAUACUCGACGAAGUCCGGAGACUGUCCGAGGAAGGCGUGAAGGAAAUCACUCUGCUGGGACAGAACGUGAACAGCUACAGAGACUUAUCCGAAGGCGAGAAGAUCGGUAACGUUACAUCCUUAGCGAGCGGCUUUAAGACGGUUUACAAAGCGAAAAAAGGGGGCCUGAGAUUCGCGGAUUUGUUGGUGAAAGUGGCCGAAAUCGACCCGGAGCUGAGGAUACGGUUCACCUCACCUCAUCCCAAGGAUUUCCCCGAUGACGUACUAGAGGCGAUUCGCUCUUAUCCUAACAUAUGCAAGAGUUUGCACAUGCCGGCUCAAUCGGGAAGCUCUACCGUGCUGGAGCGAAUGCGCAGAGGCUACACGAGAGAGGCUUACGUGGAAUUAAUCGAGCGUAUUCGCAGUUUUAUACCCGACGUGGCGCUCAGUUCGGAUUUCAUAUGCGGUUUUUGCGGUGAAACUGACAGAGAAUUCGAAGAUACUCUAUCGCUUAUCGAUGAGAUUAAAUACAACAACGCUUUUCUGUUCCCGUACAGCAUGAGGGAGAAGACUACCGCUCAUCGAAGAUACGAAGACGAUGUACCAACUGAGAUUAAGCUAAAACGAUUAGAAGCUAUGAUAAAACAUUUCCGACGCCAUGCGGAAGGAAUCAAUAGGUCUCAAAUAGGAAGGAAGCAUUUAAUUCUGAUCGAAGGGCCGAGUAAACGAUCGGAGAAUUUCCUGCAAGGUAGAAACGAUCAAAAUGUUAAGGUAAUCGUACCCGCGGUACCCUUACCCGAUGCAAAUGGAUUUAAUUCGAAUGGAAUCAAACGCGGUGAAUAUGUUGCAGUACGAGUAAAUAGCGCUAAUUCGCAAACGUUAAAAGCUGAUCCUCUGUAUAAAACUAGUCUAAAAGAAUUUUAUUCGAAUGUUGCAGAUAGUUAAAUGGAUUGUAAUUAGUGUUAUUAAAGUAUUUUAAGAAUUGUA